UCUCUUUCCGGCUUUAAACUAUCUAACCGACUGUGGGCACUAGUAUUCUCGAGACACGCACCGAGCCAAGCGAUACAGCAGUUUGCGCUCACAUCCCGCUUCUCUCUCAUAACGCAGAAUAUCGAUGCCUUUUCCUCGUGUCCCGUCGCACGAGCCAAACUGCUCCUCGGCAGUAUCCUCGAGGGAUCAAGAUAUCCUGACAUCAUCUUUCUCCAGGAAGUCAUGUUCGACGUCCACACUUUCAUCCUGGGUAAUCCUAAAGUUUGCGAAGCCUUCCUGGUCACGGACGCCGAAGACCAGACGUCGUUCGAGGGAGUACCCUUUGCGAACAUGACGUUGCUAUCUAGUAAGCAAUUUAACCUCAACCUGGACUCGCAGAAGGAGGAAGAUGGGGUCGAGGGAGGUAACAAGUUCAUGCUUGAUCCCGUUUCCUGUGUCAAACUCCCCAGCAAGUAUGGGAGGUGUGCGCUCUCUGUGGACAUUAUCCCCCCAUACACACUAUCCACUCCCACCACAGCCUUUUGUCUCAUUAACGUUCACCUUGACUCUCUUGGGGACACGCUCCCUUACCGUACGGAGCAGAUGGAGAUCCUUGCCAACCUCCUGCGUGAGCCUGAAUAUAGCGGUGGACUGAUUGAGGGAGACUUCAACGCCAUCAGCCCCAAGGAUCAUGCUCUUCUAGACAAGAAUGGACUGGUGGAUGCAUGGGUUGCGUUGCAUGGAGAGAAAGGGCUUGACGGAGCCACGUGGGGAACGGACGUGGAACGGCAUGACAGACUGGGAUCAAAAAGGUUGGACAAGGUUGCGAUGUUGGGCAUAGAGGCGAAUGAUAUGGAGAUUCUACGCCCCGGUCUGAUCAAGGUCCCCAAGCCCGGCGGGGAUGCCGACUAUAUCCCUUGUAGUGACCAUCACGGGCUGAGACUUAGCUUUAUAGUCUGA